AUGUCUGAGCAACCCCAGAGUCCAUCUUCAGACUGCAGCAACCGAUCAUAUGAGGUCAGCAGAGCUAUGUACGCCCAAGCGCUGGGCCCGGAGGGACUUGGCACUGCGUCGUUUCAGUUUCCACAGGGCGUCCUUCAAGAUCCAAGCAUUUUAUUUAGUAAACCAUCUUUCAAUGGCAUCAACCCACCGCCACCUCAAACUUUUUUCCCAUUUUCAGGGGUCGGGGGGGAUUUUAGAGCAAACGAUGUGCAACCCGGUGAUUUUACGCAGCCAAAACACUGGUAUCCUUUCGCAGCUCCUGAGUACACUGGUCAAAUAGCCGGGGCCACGACUGCGACACAGCCUGCGAACCUAAGUCCUCCCGUCGCUGAGACCAGGGAGCAAAUAAAGAUGCCUGAAGUAAAAACGGAAAAAGAUGUAAACGAGGAAUACGCCACAGAGACUAAACUUCAGUCGCAAUUUCCUCCUUCUGCAUCUUCCAUGGCGCAUGGUGUUUACUAUCCGACACACUGGAACCCAUCGUUGUGGCCUAGCAUCUCUCAUAUCACACCUCCAAACAAUACUACACAAAUCCCUCCAACUUCGGCUACAUCAUCUCCCUCCCUUUCACCAUCGCCACCAGAUAAUGGGCUCUCUGGGCCCGCUUUUUACAACGGAGGCUCCACUCAAAACGUGCCAGCAACCCAGGUGCAGAGUGUGGCCCGGAGUAGCGGUUCCUCCAGCGGCGGAUGCAGUGACUCAGAGGAAGAGGAGAACUUGACAACUGAAGAGCUGGAGCAGUUCGCUAAGGAGCUGAAGCACAAGAGAAUAACCCUGGGAUUUACGCAGGCGGACGUCGGUUUAGCGUUGGGCAACUUGUAUGGAAAAAUGUUCAGUCAGACGACCAUCUGUCGCUUUGAGGCACUGCAACUCAGUUUUAAGAACAUGUGCAAACUGAAACCUCUUCUUCAAAAGUGGUUGAAUGAAGCAGAGAUGUCUGACAACCCUCAGGAUAUGUAUAAAAUUGAACGAGUUUUUGUUGACACAAGAAAAAGGAAGCGCAGGACCAGUCUCGAGGGUGCAGUCCGUACUGCCCUGGAGUCUUACUUUGUGAAAUGCCCAAAGCCCAACACGCAGGAGAUCACCCACAUCUCUGAUGACCUUGGCCUAGAAAGAGAUGUUGUACGCGUGUGGUUCUGUAAUCGCAGACAGAAGGGCAAGCGCUUGGCACUUCCUUUUGAUGAUGAGUGUGCUGAGAGCCAGUACUACGAGCAGAGCCCCCCACCGCCACCUCAGAUGGGCAUGCCACCUCUCCCGGGCCAGGGCUUUCCCGGGCCAACCCACCCUGGUGCCCCGACCCUUUACAUGCCACCCCUCCACAGGCCAGAAGUCUUCAAACAGGCUCUUCAUCCAGGGCUGGUGGGACACCUUACCAGCUAA